GUCAACUUGACAUUGAAGCUGUGUUUUCAAAAGGUUAGUUUAAAAUGAUACGUAAAAAACUAUUUCGUCAUGAAGAUGAACAUAAAAUGCAGAUUGAUUCAGAUAUUUUGGACUUGAGUUUUGAGAAUUGCAAGAAAACGCAUCCAGAGACUAUCUCAAAAUACUUUCCGAAUAUUAUAAACUUUCCGAAUAUUAUAAACGUGCCUGAUGAACUAUUAAACAUUCAAUUGGAGUUUAAUGCGGCAUUAAACAAAAUAAACUACCUAAACAAUGUUGUGCGUUAUGUUUACAAUCCCUUGGAUUAUGCAAUUGUACCCUACAGAGACUAUAUUGGGAAAUAUUGCCAAAGUUGUAAAGAAGUAUUGUUUUUGGGAAUGAAUCCGGGACCUUUUGGUAUGUGCCAAACAGGAGUUCCUUUUGGGGAAAUUGAAUUUGUUAAAAAUUGGCUCCAAAUAUCGGGACAUGUGCUAAAACCUGCAGUAGAAUGUCCCAAAAGGCCAAUUCUAGGUUUUAACAUUACCAGAAGGGAACACAGUGGAAAGGAAUUUUGGUCGCUAAUGAAGGAAAUUUCUAUCACUCCUCAAGUGUUUUUUAAACACUCGUUUGUUUAUAAUUAUUGUCCAUUGACUUUUAUGAAUGCUGAUGGGGCGAAUGUCACACCAAAAGAAAUUAAGAAAGAAAACCUGCACAUAAGAAAGAAACUGGAGGAAAUCUGCGACGAAUAUUUGUUUAAGUUGGUGGAGCUUCUGAAGCCAAAAACGAUCGUCUGCGUUGGCGAGUACGCAGAAACCAAAUCAAAGUCGCUGCUGAGGGUGCGCAGUCCGCCACUGGGAAGCAUAAACAUAAUAAAAAUAAAACACCCCAGUCGUAGAGCGGCGAAGAAAAAAAGUGACGACCAACUCGAUUGGCGCGAAGACACGCUCAAAGUUCUGCGAGAAAAGAACAUCUUGCCGUUCCUUUGCCAAGAUGGAGUCGCAACUCAGUGAAAGGGAGAAAGAACUGAUGGAGAAAGCGUUUGGGUACGCGCAGCAGGCUUUGCGCGUCAAAGAGGUUCCGGUCGGGUGCAUUUUCGUCCACGAAAAGGGGGAAAUCGUCGCGCUGGGCAGGAACACCGUGAACGAGACGAAAAACGCCACCAGGCACGCGGAAAUGAACUGCAUCGAUCAGGUGAACGCGUACUGCAAAAAACACUCGAUCGAAAAUUCGCGAACAGUGUUCAGGGAGUUGUCGGUGUAUGUGACGGUGGAGCCGUGCAUUAUGUGCGCAGCGGCACUCUACGAUCUCCAAGUCAAGAACGUGGUGUUCGGUUGCAAAAACGACCGCUUCGGCGGACAAACGGUCUUCGACGUUGCCAAACUUAUCCCCACCACCACCACCACCGUCAAAGGCGGCUACAAGAGCGACCUGGCCAUGGAUUUGCUCAAGGAGUUUUACCAAGGCGUCAAUCCAAACGCGCCGACCUCCAAAGUCCGCAUCAAAAAGUCUUCUAUUUAAACAUUUUAAAUGUGCAACUUUCCUUACAUUUUGAUGGAUAAUUAUAAUGACGUUGAGUGCUCUAGCCAUUUGCAAAACUUCGUAAAUGUUUUUUUUAUUUUUAUACAUUUUUGAGCAUUUAUAUAAAUUGAAAAUAAUUCGACCAAACAGCAACAGGUACAAAUAAAAAAUGUGUGGAAUUAUUCUUAAUUUAUCAAUCUUUUGUGUGGGAUUCGUAUUAUUUUUUGACGUAACAUUAAUGCCUCGGCAAUAAAAAUAAAUGUCAAAAAAAUACUUCAAAUUAUUUUCACCAAUAAUACCUAUAACAAGUGGUAUGAUUAGUAUCAAUAAUAUUUUUAAAUUUAAAUGUGCUGCUUCAAUUUUAAUGAGUAAAUAUUAACCAUUUUCUGAAGAAGCUACAGUGUUAGCGAAACAAUUGUCAAAUUUAAAUAAAUUCGUGAAACUCAAAAACAGUGUUUGUUUUUUAUCAAGUUAUAUAUUAGAUUCAUACCACAAGUUAUAUUUAGCCUGAAAAUAUAUUGAAUUUUGAGAUACAACAAAUUGUCAGUUUGACAUUACAAUUAAAAUUUUUGCUUUAAAAUAUAAAAAUC